AUGCCGAGUAUCCAAGGCUUCAAUACCUUGAGGGCAAGAUCAUACAUCCUUCGCUUACCUUUGUUUACCCGUGCUAUCCUACUGGCGAUAAUAUGCUUCUGGCUGGCUAGCUUACCGGGCUACUGGGAUGUGAGGCUCUGGGGCUCUCUGAUCCCAGACAAGAUCUCCUUCGCAACAGGAUACCGGUUGAAUACAUUCCCUCUUAUCCAUCUCAACCUCCUCCAUGCAGUUCUCAAUGCUGUUGCGUUGACGCCAUUGAUGGAACGAUUCGAAAGCGAAUAUGGAACAUUGACUACGUUGGCACUUUUCUUUGGACCUCUGACUACGAUUCCUGCCGUCUUGUAUCUCUUCAUUGAGAUUGCCAUUCUCCGAGCCAACCAUGCUGUCAUGGGCGCCAGCAUGUGGGUGUUUUUGCUGUUGGGCAUGGAGGCGAUCCGAACGUAUAAAUCGAACCCAUAUCUGGUGAUUGGGACAUAUCAACUCCCUACCUGGACCACGCCCCUACUCAUGAUAGUGGUUGUUGCCGCGCUGCUGCCAAGCACCAGUUUGUUGGGCCAUCUUUGCGGCGUUGGCGUUGGUUAUAUCGCUGGCCUUGGCUACGUAAAGUUGCUCGCACCUCCCGAGUGGGCACUUCGAUGGAUCGAGUCUCGCCUGAACCUCCUGGCCAUCUUGCCGCACUAUGUCAGCGUUGACCAAAAGACAUAUGGUAGAUUUGGCGUCUUGCCCUCGACCAAUCGCCCUGUAGGGGGCGCACCGACAGACCAUUUGGAUGCGUAUUACACGGUGUUGACGUUCGAUUACUUUGCAAAGCUGACCGGCGAUGAGAGCGAGGCUACUCGACACUGGAAGGCCGCACUUCGACGCAUAAAUGAAUACUACGCGUCGACAAGCGCACCGAGAGUCUCCGAAACAUACACCGAUACGGAUGCUGCCUUGAUAGACGCGGUGAAAGAACUAGAGCUACAAUGCAAAGAAAGAAUUGAUCUUUUAGAAGCGCUGAAGCUGUCCCGGCAAGAGGGCGUCGCUCCGACGUAUCGUGACAACAAUACCGCACAAGCCACUGGCAGCUCCAGCCAGGGAUCGGGGACCAUAGGGCAAGGCACCAUCCCUGCGGUAACAUAUUCAGAGCUUUCACGUCCUUCGUUCUCGUCGAGAAAUUCACUUGAGGCAAUGACGUCAUCUGAAGAAGCGAUUAGGAGGAUCCAUAGCACCCCUGCCGAUUCAACACAGCGAGUUGCCUACUCGCUUCCCAGUUCGAGAACCCCAGAUUUGCCCGAUAUGCGAAGCGACAAGGCGGCCCGAGCCCCAAGCCCGGAGAAGCGCACUAUGAGGACUACGCUGCGAUCCAAGAAGACUGGCGAUCGAUCAUCUACUCCUCGUAAACUGAACAGGCCUGCAGCGGACGGGCCAAGCAAGGCCGCGACCAUUGCGUGGAGCACGUCCGGAUCCCGAGACAACUUCCUAAGUCCCUUUUCUACUGAAGGACGGCCAUCAAAAUCGAGCCCUACUCCGCGUCAGUCCCUGGAUCGCAAUACCCCCGGUUCGCAGAAAUCAACGAUAUCAUAUGACACGAGGUCUCCGCGUACUUCGCCUCAAAAAUGGAAUAUGGUUCCUUUGUCCGAUGAAUCUCGUCUUCCACAACCUUCAGUUCUGUCUAUUAGCGCAGCGUCAAGUGCUCUGACAUCUUCGUCCAGCCAAGAAGCCUCCGCGUCUUAUCAAACUCCAAAUAAACCAGAGCAAUAUGCAACCCCCCGGAAGCCCCCUGUUUUUGAAGAUGUGUCAAUUCAAAGUAAGAGACCGAGUGCCAAAGCUGGCACUCCCGAUAUAUCUGGAGGACAAAGGGAAUCCAGUACCUCUAGGAGUAAGAGGAUAGUUAUGGACAGUCCGCUUUUGUAUAAAUACGACACAGAACGAGUGGAUCGGUUCCGGGACGAUGCAAGACGACCAUCUUCCGAGUUUGCCACUCUGAAUCAAGUUGACAGCCGCUCAAGUGAAGAGGUUGUCGAGGGUACAGCAUGGGGAGCUAAAAACGAUAAAACGCCCAAGAAAGUGACCAAGGCAGCCAUUCUCAAGAAUCUGCCGCCCGGCAUAGACGAGAGCGCCGCAAAGCAAAUUUUUAACGAUAUUGUUGUACAAGGAGACGAGGUUCACUGGAGCGAUAUUGCGGGCCUGGAGGUUGCGAAGAAUUCUUUGCGGGAAACCGUGGUAUAUCCAUUCCUACGCCCUGACCUGUUUAUGGGCCUACGCGAGCCGGCUCGCGGAAUGCUUCUAUUUGGACCGCCGGGAACUGGAAAGACGAUGCUGGCUCGCGCAGUAGCCACCGAAUCUAAAUCCACGUUCUUCUCCAUAUCUGCCAGCAGCCUAACAAGCAAAUACCUGGGAGAGUCAGAGAAGCUAGUGAGAGCGCUGUUCGGUCUCGCCAAAGCGCUUGCUCCUAGUAUCAUAUUCGUCGAUGAAAUCGAUUCACUGCUAUCUCAUCGAUCGGAUGCUGGCGAGCAUGAGGCGACCAGGAGGAUCAAGACAGAAUUCCUUAUCCAGUGGAGUGAGCUCCAACGAGCCGCAGCCGGCCGAGAGGCGGAUAGCAAAACGAGUACGCGGAACGAUGCUCAAAGAGUCUUGGUAUUGGCUGCAACGAAUCUACCUUGGGCAAUUGAUGAGGCCGCUCGGCGACGGUUUGUGCGGCGACAGUAUAUUCCAUUACCGGAGCCCAAGACGCGGGAGACACAACUGAGGACAUUACUACGACAACAAAACCACAGUCUGUCAGACGCAGAUGUAGAGCAACUUGUACAAUUAACCACUGGAUUUUCUGGAUCCGACAUUACAGCUCUUGCCAAAGAUGCAGCCAUGGGGCCACUUAGGUCUCUAGGCGAGGCCCUUUUGUAUAUGACAAAGGAGCAAAUACGGCCCAUGGACCUUUCAGAUUUUGAGCAAAGCUUGAAAUCUAUUCGGCCGAGCGUAGACCAACAAGGCCUGCGGGAGUACGAAGAAUGGGCCGAGAAAUUUGGCGAGCGUGGUGGUUAA